GGCGCGCGGCCUUUGGGAUCUGAGGAGAAGGAAGAGGCGCGUUCACCUGUAGCCCCGGAGCCGAGGCAGGGCGCAAGGCUGAUUUCUUUGGGCCCCGCCUUUUUUUCCUUUUCUUUUUUUCCCGGCCGCCCUCUCCGGGGACUCCGCUAGACAGCUUGCGGGGCGGCUUUUCCAUAUGAGUCCCGCGAAGGGGUAGUGUAGUCGGACGGCGGCGGUUCCUAAAAGCGGCGGCGGCGGCGACCCCCUUGGGUUCUCGAGCGAUGGCUCUGCGGGAGCUGAAAGUUUGCCUCCUUGGGGACACAGGCGUGGGCAAAUCAAGCAUUGUAUGGCGCUUUGUAGAGGACAGUUUUGAUCCAAACAUCAAUCCAACAAUUGGAGCGUCUUUUAUGACCAAGACAGUACAGUAUCAGAAUGAAUUGCAUAAAUUCCUAAUAUGGGAUACAGCAGGACAAGAACGAUUUCGUGCUCUGGCACCAAUGUAUUAUCGAGGGUCUUCAGCAGCUAUUAUAGUCUAUGAUAUUACAAAAGAGGAAACAUUUUCAACAUUAAAAAACUGGGUAAAAGAACUUCGCCAGCAUGGACCACCCAAUAUUGUUGUAGCAAUUGCUGGAAAUAAGUGUGAUCUUAAUGAUGUAAGAGAAGUUAUCGAAAAAGAUGCUAAAGACUAUGCGGAUUCCAUCCAUGCAAUAUUUGUAGAGACUAGUGCAAAAAAUGCAAUAAACAUAAAUGAACUGUUUAUAGAAAUAAGUCGUAGAAUUCCAUCCACUGAUGCCAACCCUCCAUCUAUUGGAGCUGCUGACAGUCUUCAGGCCUCAGCUGACCUUGCUGUAGUGAUUCCCCUUCCUGUUCCAACCUGAAAACAACAUGAAAUAUACUGCAGGAAAUGAUAGAAGUUAAAUUAAGGGAAAUAACUGUUUGGUCAGCCACUGAAGAUAGGUGAGCCAAAUGUGGAAAAACACUCUUAAAACUGUUUCAUCUUACUUUGUGAUCAACAUCUACUUUAGCUCUUGCUUAGGCCUUUAAAGCAAAGAAGGUGAAAUGUGUUUUAGCAUUUUCUCAUAUCUUUACUCUGUUGGUCUUCAUCAUUACGCUAAUUUCUGCUUCUUAAAGCUGGCCUACUAUGCCUUUUGCUACUGUAAGAGUAUUUCCUGCAGUGAUUGGAGGAAAGAGAACUCUUGCUAUGAAUAUCAGGACUAUUUAGUUUAGGUCACAAUGGGGUGUGCCUUGCCUCAACUGGAAUCUAGUGUAUCAUAUUGAUUGCACUGCAUUUCAAUGGAUGUUUUUGGAAUGUCCUUUUUCUGUACUGUGUUUGCUGAACAGGAUAGGUUUUAUUUUUAGUAGCUUGGAUCAGCAAAUCUUCCUCUGGAUGAUCUUGGGGGAAUUCUAAUUUACAGCAGGCAUGCAGCCAUUUGAACUGCCUAACCCACCACUCCGCAUCUAUGGUUUCACUUUAUAAAUAGCUGCAAGCAGGACUACACACGUUUAGGACAUUUCCCAGUGAAAUUAUAUUUCAAAAGUACCCAUCUUUCAGUAGUCACUUUGGGUAAAAAUGUUUUUUCCUUGAGCAGAUAUUUUUUGAGGAAUGUCAAGAUUUUAUGAUUAAGGUUUGGGGAUUUUCUAAUAACUCAUUCUUCCAUGAGACACACAGGCAAGCAUUAAAAUAAUUGCCUUCAAUUGAUUUUUCUCCUCCUUUGAACUUAACCAACAGGAUAUUUUCAUUUUGUCUCUUACAUGAGCUGUAUAUAAUUGCAUUCAAUUCCUUGUACCCUGAGAAGCUUGCAUCCAGAAUUAAAUCAUUUUGGCAUAUUAAAAAAAAUCAGAACAAAACAUAAUGAUACUCUCAUCUCUUCCUUCCGGUGUAGCAAGAAUGCUAUUAUAGACUUGUCAGAAGAAACAAACCUUUCCUUUUUUUAAAAAACUUGUCUUUAUAAUCCUAAGAAGCCUACAUAGAAGUUUACAUUGCCUAUUGUCUAUCUUUUAUUAGGGUCCUGGAUGUUAAACCUGAUGCAUUUUGAAUACAAAAUAUAGGUUCUAUAACUUAGCCCCUCAUUCAUGCAAAAUAACAGUAACACUUUGCAGCCAAAAUUGCAUGUCAUUCUGGAGAGCCACACCAAUCAGAUAAAAUGUACUUAUAUGAGUAGAUAAAUUGUGUUAAUACAGAAGGUGGGUGAUUUUUGUUACUUUUUGUUUUUCUAUCGCUAAACUAUUUUGCUGAGAUCUCUAGCUAGAGUAGAGGGUGGCAUAAAAAGGCUGGCUAGCUUAAAGUUUCUCUGUUGGAGGAAGCAACAGAUGCCAGACUCCUGAACCUUUUAUUCCCCUUUUCCAUAGAGAAUGCAGUUAGUCUGGCAGGAUUUUUGUAAAUAACAGAACUACAUUAAAGAAAUUUACUUUCACCUGCUCAUGGGGUUGCUCUGGUUCUGUUUUCAGAUAUUUCUUAUAGAUUCAGUUUAGCCUUUGCUUGUCUUGACAUCUCUAUGGGGAGCCACAGGUGUCGGUAACAGACCAUGAUGACAUCAAAACAACAAUUAUAUAAUUGUGCCAUGCUGUCUGACACAAUACAAGUUGCAUUGUUAGCAUGAUGUCAUAUAUUUUCUUACAUCCCCAAUAUCCAGAUCCACUCUAUCCUCUGCAGACAGCUAUGUAGCAAGUUGUUACCUUGGUGCAGCAUUAAAUGUAUUAUCUUACAUUUAAUGGAACUGAUAAAAAGGCUGUUCUUCAGAAGCUUUUUAUCUGGCAGAAAUGUUUUAUAAAUAAAGUAUUUAGACAUAAUAGUUUAAUUAUAGUAGCAGUAGCUGAACUCAAAAUGUUACUUUUCUAUAUACUCUGUGGUUGCAACUCAGAAGAAUGUUCUCAAUGCAGUGGUAGACAUCUUUUGCAAUAUUACAGUAAGCAGUACUGUAAUAUUGUAAGGACUCCAUCCUUUCUUUUCCAAGAGGCUACUGUUUGCAUUGAAAAUAAAUGGUUCAUUAAAUUUAAUAGGGAUUACUCACUAAGCCAAUAUUACUAUCAGGCACGGCUGCAGCUAUUUACAAUAGAAAAAGCCCCAUGUAUAAAUUCAUUAACACAUUUAAUGACACAUCUGGUUUGGCCUUUAGGUUAUUAUACAGAUCUGAUUUAAUCAAGACUCACAAUUGCAUCUUGCCAAUCCUGGGAAUUUCUUUGUCUUGGCUCUAGAAGUAAUCUAUAUGGAAGACAGAAGUAGUCAGUGAAUCUUUUCGCCACACCAAUUCUAUUCUGAUGGCAUGUACCUUUAGCCUGCUAAAUUAUUGGAAUCACUGUAGUUACAAAUGGUUGCAAGUGUACACUUCAUUUAUUUAGAUCAUACAGAAUUCAUUUUACACUUCCAAAAACUGAGCAGCACUGUAAUUCAGAAACACCUAUGGCAUUAGCAUUUGUGCUUAUAGUGAAGGGAAAAAAUAUUAAAUAAAUCAUAAAGAGCAUUGCGCUUUUUACAAUUUAUAAAAGGUCUCUAAGUCCAAUACUUAGAAUCAUCACCAUUUUUCAUGAGGACUAUAUUGUGCAGUUUGUGGGGGAAACAGAGGCAGCAAGGAUAGGGGGUGGAAAUAUGAUUGUGGGGAUAUGUCUGUGGAGUUUCUCAAUCAUCCAUGUCACGGUUGUGCCAAAAAUGCUGUUCAAAAGGCAACUGAACUUUGUGUCGUCCCCCCCCCCCCGGAAAUGUUUUGCUUCUCAUUCAGAACUGAAGAAGCUUUUUAUAUGACAAACGAAAUGUUUUCAAGGUGGGGGAACCAAAAUUCUAUUGCGUUUUGAACAUCACCUUAUGGGGAUAUAUGCCUCUUAAUAUAAUAGAAUAAGGGGUAGUUAGUAUGUAUCCACUUACUAGAAAGAGGCCAAUCUUCAAAAUGAUCUCCCCGUGGAGUCAUGGGUAGACAAUAUGAAAAUAUUUUUUUUGCAAAGGUAGAUGUGUCAAAUAAGUACAAAAUGCUGGAUAGGAUUAUACAGAAGUUUGUUUUAGAGUGAGAGUUUGAAAGACAUCAGUUACGGAUGAAAUGGGAUAAAAAUAAUUUUGCCUUAUAAAAUUACACUGAUGAAGACAUGUUCCACAAUUUGAGAAGGACUUGAUAUUUUGUUAGAUUUCAUUCAAAUUGCAUUCUCAGAUUUAAGUAGUGCAAUUAAAACAGCAGAUUGACAAACUGGAAAGGUUGGCUCAAAAGAUACAAUCUUGGAGAUAAAACUUAUGGAAGGAAACUGUUUAUGUCUGCUUGGGUAAUAAAUAACUAAGGAGAAAGGUAUGUUGACAAUUGUUAAACUAAAAAAGAAGGAGGGAAGUUUUGCUAAACCCCUGGAAGUGCAAAGAGAGAGGCAAUGUCAUUUGAAAUUGAUUUGACACUCCCUAUUUUCUGCUACACAACUAUUAGUCACCCUACUCUAAGAUAUAUAAUACUUCUAAAUGACAUAUCAGUUCAUCAGUAAAGUGGAUUGUGAAAUAUAGUUUAAAGUUAAGCAAUGGUUUAGAUCAAGUUAGAACAGAUUGUGCCUCUUCAGCUAUUGCAGUGAUUGCAGUGAUUCCAAACCAUAAGCUAGUACAGCGAAUCUCAAGCACACUAUUUAGUUUAUAAAAUAAAUAAUAAAUUAUCCUAAAUUAUUUAGGAUUUUAUAAAUUGCUUCAGGGACAGCAAUUAAAUACAAUAAAAGAAAUACAAUAUAUCAUUAUGCUUCAAAAAGUACAAUAAACCCACAUUCCUGGGUUUUGCACCCUUUAAGUCCCAAAGGUCUUCCAGAACAACCCUAUUUUUAUGGGUUUCUUCUCAUGCUUGGGAGACAAGGUGAUCCAGAAUAGGGAAUCACCUUUCAGGCCUCCACCUGUUACAGUUCUCAAUAGGCACGGACCUUCACCAGACAAUGUCUAUAUUUUUAGGAUUGAAAGUAUACCAUAAUCUAUACAAGAUAGGCAAUCUUUUUAACUUAAUGUUUAUUGAAAAUUUUAGUUACAACAAUAAAAAAUAUUAAAAAGGAAAAAAUUGCAAAAAGGAGGAAAAAAGUUUUGAAAAACCACCCUAAGACAGCAACUUUCCAUCCUCAUCGCAAGUAUAAACUAUUUCAUAAUCUCUUUAUCUACUCUUAAUAAAUAUAAAACUCUUCAUUCCAUAACUAUAGGCAAAUCCAAUAAGAAAUAUCUUCUCCAAUCCAGGUGUCAGCAAAAUAUGCAAACAGUCCUAAAAUAAUAACUAAUUAAUACAUAUGAAACUAGCAUCCUGAAUCUCUGAUCCUAGCCAGAAGCAAUAUUUAAAAGGCAUAAAGUGAUUACAAUAUCCUAAUAGAAACAAAAAAACUAAAGUUUAACAUGACAAAAGAGUGACCAUUUCUCUCUUUUUUUUAAAAAAAAAAAGCCCCUUCUAGAUUG